CUGUCAACAACAAAACGCGCGCGUUGCCGGCAACCGUCGAGAUAUCCAAUUAUUAGCUUAAUUGCAAUUAAUAUUCAUAGAGCUAAACUAAAUUAUUGUCAAACAGCCGAUGGUUUGUCAUCUCUGACUGGAAUCAUGUCUGCCAGCUCCUCCAGCAACGCCUGCAAACUUGUGCUCCUCGGCCGCUGUCUGCGCGCAGUGCUUCUCAGCGUGGCCAUUCAGUUCCUGCUGCUCACCGUGUUCCUGCUGUCGGUGAACUUCCAGCUGCUGCAUCCGCUCUCCUGGGUGACGGGCACCCUGCGCCUGGUGGCCAGCUGGUACACCUGGUUCGCCAGCAUCCCGCUGGUAGCCUCCGUCGUCCUGUACGGCGUCUCCCUGUGCCAGCAGCACCUGUCGGAGCGUCCAUACUGUCCCACCCGGUACCGCUGGCUCAUCCACUACGGUCCCCGCAAGCUGCUUCUCCUGGGCGCCCAUCUCCUGGUCGGAUUCCUCACCGCCUGGCUCUACACGGGCUAUCUCCACACGGACUAUCAGCAUCUGCGUUACAAGUGCUAUGGCCAGGAGUGCAUCAGUGCCUACCAUGUCUAUCUGCUGGGAAUGGGCACAGCCGCCGGCUGCUACUACUUUGUGUCCGUGCACAUGCGCCAGGAGGUCUCAAUCGAAUUCCCCAUCGUGGAACAAUCACGUGGCGAAAAGAUGCGUGAACUACUGCCCGCCAGCUUGUCCCGAUCCCUGGUCAGAUCACUGCUCCCCACUCUCAGCUACACCCUCGCCUUUUGGCUUUUUGGACCCCUGAUGUGCCACAAACUCAGUCACAUCCUCUCUGUGGACCUGGACGAGCGGCUGGAGGGUUUCUUCGGAGUUGCCACCAAUGUGCGCCUGCUUUUCUAUGGAUAUCUCCUUACUGUCCAGAUUCUGAGCAACAUGCACCUCAUGCGCUGCUUCUACGGCAUGCUGCUCUCCGAGGAUCUGCCUUUGGUGGUGUCCAAACAGCGAGCGGCCUUUGCCCACGAACAAGAGGUGACUAUCGUCGCUGGACUCGGAGUCUGCAACGUUUAUGUAGUACAGUGCCUGGCAGCCAACUAUUUCUACAAGCUGGCUUUGCGAAAGGAUUCGCCACAGCGAGCGGAGAUUUUCCAGCUUACGGAGCCGGGAAACCGUCCAGCAAAUUGGCGCGCCCUCUGCGACCAGUGUGUGAGCAUUCUGGGCAGCUUUACUGAGGAACUUACCGAGUCCAUGCAGAAGAUCAGCGUGCUCAAGGGCGCCCAGAGCCUGCCAAUGCCCAAGAUCAGCGAAUCCACCAGCGCCAGUUUAAUGGCCGAGAAGCUGCUGCUGCGACAGUACAACCAGAUGCACGGCAUACGACCCAUUGUGUCGCCAGGGCGCGAGGAUGCAGUGGAUCGACCGGCGGAUGGCAUUCGCCAUGUGCCCAACUGGUGUGAGCGCGUCUCCAAGCAGUUGGAGCAAUCCGUGCAGCGUUUGGUUCAACGAGUGCCCGGCAUUGUGUACCUCUUCACGGAACCCGAGGGCGCCAAGACCACGUUCCUGCUAGCCAACUCGCUGCCAGUGGUGUACUUGACGCAGGCUCUGGCCCAGAUUUGCGUGGCCUCGCUCAAAGAGGAUCCGUAUGGGGUGGUGCAGAACGAUCUAGCGGCCGUUAUCAAGGCGAUAAACAAGCUACGAAAUGAGUUGGAUAAGCUGAGCAGCGUGAUAGGCAACCUGAAAGCGCCCAGCUCCAACUUCAAUGUUCUCCGAUGCGCUGUGCGCCGAAGUCUGUAUGCCAUCUGCAGCUCCUUCUGCGACUACCUCGGCGAUCUUCUGCCGCCCGGCGAGGAGUUGCACCAGCUGCAGGCCCUUGUCUGCCAGGAGUAGAACCCAUCCAUCACUUUAAACACUCAUCUUGUACACUGUUUUUCAUCAUUCUUUAGUUGUUGUCUGCGGUAACAAUAAAAAUUAAUAAAUAUAA